GUCGGCGUCUGAGGGUCGCAGUGAUUCUUCAGCGCUCACUCCGCUCAGCCUCCGACGCGCUCGCAGGUGACCGAGCCGCAGAACUCCCGUGAUGCCAGGAGACGCGGAGAAGCUGCGCAGGAACACGACCAUCGACUCACCAGAGAAUUAUGACCCGGAGCAGAUCCGCAGGUCUUCCCGGGCGCCGUCUCAGUCGGACAGACUGUGUGUCGGAUUCCAGCAGCCGGAAAUGGGAGCAGCGGAGACGCCGUCGCCCGACGGGUCGACGCGACACUACUGUCACCACACGCCCAAGGGUUUCCUGAUGGUACACAGAGGGGCUCACGGAACCUCGGCGCGGUCCACGCCCUCGCAGUUUGGAGAAGAGGCGUGGCACGAAGGAACCUCCAAGACCACGAUCAGAGCAGAGAACGAGGUGGAGGCCCACCGAGAGGCCAACAACUAUAAGUUCGGCUUCAGAAAAUGGAAGGGAAACGUAACGGAGAAGCCGAUUGAAGAUCGAUCGGACGUGGUCAAAGAGCUCUACUCUGACCUGAGCAUCGUGAAGCCUCAGGAAGGCUCCGUGGUGACCUUCGGCAACAUCGUCUACAUAUUUCUGUUUGGAUGGUGGCUUUCUUUCAUCUACGUUCUAGUUUCUCUGGUCAUGUUCCUCACCCUCAUUGGGAUUCCUUACGGGAAGCUUUGUUUGCGUUUGGCCUGGUACUUCAUUUGGCCAUUUGGGAAGUCUGUGGAAAAGAUGGGUGGCGCCGUGAGCAAGUCCAGCAAGAGGCCACCGGCGAGCGAACGCAUAGCUGACGAGAGGGACGCCGGGGACCAUCGAGAAGUGGGGCGGGAAAAGGACUCUUCGCCGCUCCUGGUGUCCUCGCCGAUCCCUGUUGAGAUCCCUGUUCCGGAACGAUCCACGAGGAAGUGUUCCAAACAUUGGUGCCGGGUCAGCACAUACGUCUGGCUGCUCGUGGGCUUUCCUCUGCUGGCUCUGUGCCACGCUUUGGUCUGCGUGAUCUCCUGGCUGCUGGUCUUCACCAUCCCCGUGUCCAAGAUGAGCGGCCGCACUCUAGGCAUCGUCCUCCUCAUGGCGCCGGAGGAUGUGAGGAUACACCGGCUGGAAAAGACUGUGGUGUACGAGACCCGAGUCAUCCUCUGCUGCUACCAUGCUUUCAACUUGUACUACUACAAGUACACCGUCCAGGGGAUCAACAUUUUUGCCCUCAAUUUGCUUCCUCUGGUCGUCAUCACCUUGAUCAUGGGCUACGCUGACCACCACCACAACUACUUCAGUCCAGAGGCCAAAUUUGCUCUGGCCAUCACCUCCAUCAUCCCGCUGUCCUACUACAUCGGCAUGGGCAUCGCCAGCAUUUCUGCGCAGAGUAACUUUGCCGUGGGUGCCGUGGUGAACGCCACCUUCGGCUCCAUCACGGAGAUGACCUUCUACAUCACCGCACUGCUGCAGGGACAUCGCGCUGGAACCAAAUGCUACGAGGAAAUCGUGAAGGCGGCGCUGACCGGGACGAUUCUGGGCUGCAUUCUCUUCAUACCGGGAAUCUGCAUGAUCAUCGGAGGCAUCAAACACAGAGAGCAGCGCUUCAACAGUCGCUCCGCCGGCGUGAGCUCCGCCCUGCUCUUCAUCUCUAUCGGGGGUGUGUUCGCUCCAACUCUCUUCUCCAAGACGUUCGGUAACCUGAUGUGUGACAACUGCUACAAUGUACCUGGAAACGUGAGCGUCCCAUUUGUCUGCAAGGACUGCCACUACGACACCACUCAUGCAGACCCUCACUUGAUCCUGUCGCACAUCGAGCCUCUGGUGUACAGCAUCUCCGUGCUGUUGCCAGCGUCCUACCUGAUCGGCCUCAUCUUCACCUUGAAGACCCACUCCCACAUCUACGACAUUCACAUCAGCGACGGUCACGGGGGCCACGCCCAUGGAGGCCAUCAUGUGGUGCACUGGUCCCGCUGGAGGGCGCUGCUGGUGCUGAUUGUUGCCACGGUGUUGAUGGCCUGCUGUGCGGACCUCACCACCGAGAACAUCGAGCCCAUGCUGAAGCACUCGUCCAUCUCUCAGUACUUUAUUGGCGUCACGGUUUUGGCGAUGGUGCCGGAGCUCCCCGAGAUCGUGAAUGGGAUCCAGUUUGCCCUGCAGAACAACAUCAGCCUGAGUCUGGAGGUGGGAAGCUGCAUUGCCGUGCAGGUUUGCAUGAUCCAAAUUCCUCUUCUCAUCCUCUUCAACGCCUUCUAUGACGUUGGAUUUGUUCUGGUGUUCAGCGACAUCCACCUGUGGGCCAGCAUCUUCAGCGUCAUCCUGGUCAACUACAUCUUCAUGGAUGGGAAGUGCGACUACUUUCAAGGCACGGCUCUGGUGGUGGUUUACUUCAUCCUCCUCGCCCUCUACUUCUUCGCCCCCUCUCCUCGCUCCUGCUGACCUCCUGACCUCAAGUGACCUUGUGUAAUUAAUUCACUGAAAAAAAGUGUUUGUACAGUCCGAGACUGCUGUUUUGUAUUGAGAUGAAUUAAUAAAUAAAGGCAUCGAU